AUGGACGGGUACUUCCUGAACCCCCGUCGACGACUCUUCGGCACGGACAACACGCCCACGAUUCCAAUGAACCCACCCAGUGGCCAGACUCGACUUUCGGACUUGCAUGGCGUCCCAGGACAUCAACCUCAAGACCCCGCGUACCGUGUUCGCUCGACUGUGCUACCAGAUCAAUGGGACCCGCCGCAAACCCGUUCAGGCCGGGUCAGACAGCUUGGGAAUGGUGCAGUGGGUGAUAACCCGUUCGGAAGCUCCGAUACAGAGGACUUGGGAGUGGAUAAGCCCAGAAACAGUAAACGUGUGAUUGGGGUGGACCUCGAGAACCGCAGAAGACAGGCAGAGGAUCGCAUCCGCCGGGGAGGAUGGAAAGUCGACAUCGCCGAGAUGGCCGUUGAGUUUGCCGAGGCCCAUUCAUGGAAUGACUCAGAUGCCAACAAUUACACCGUGAGGGCUUUUAUGAGGGAUGCCGAGAACCUGGGCGAGUUGUGCGACGACAUGAAGGCGAUCCGCGGCUUUCUAGACAUGAACAUCCACAAGUUCAUUGCUUUCCACGCCAUGGAGAAGGACUUUAAGGUCCUGGACUACUUCAUCCACAAGGCCAACCAGCGAAGGGGAGACAGGGUCUUGAAAUACCCUUGGUUUCGAUCAUUCAUCCGCGAAUACCAGGGUGGGCCCAGACAGACUGAGGAAUCCUUGGUUCAAGCCUACAAAAGCCAGGUCGACGAGCCCCAAUCCAGUGGUCACACAGAUCAGCCAGCUCGCGAAAACAGCGAUGGAACCAUCCACGUCUCACUUCCCACGGAACCCGCAACCGUGGCCACGGACGCUUCACCUGCCCGUCAUGUCAACAAUCCAAGCAAUGAGAGACGCCUGGUGAGACUGGACAACAAGAGACACCGCACAAAGAGACAGCGAAUCUUCGACGAUCCCAAGGACCUCGAAGACAACAACCUGAUGACGAACAUCAAAACAGAGCCGACGGAAGACGACUUCAUUGGAUUCCAAGACGAGGGCGACGAGGCUGACACGGGUGGAGCGGAUGAUGGCGAAGAGAUAAUACACACCAGACGGCGUACUCUGAAAGUGCUCUUGCAUGAAAUGAGGGACGAUGGUGCUGAGGAGUCGGACCAUGUCCAGGUCUAUGUUCCCCGAACCUCCAAGGGCGUCACUAUCAAUUUCCUCUGA